CCAGUUCCGGUCCUCCCCCCCACCUCGCCCUCACCUCGGCAAUCACACACGCCAAGGGCGAAAAACGUGGGACAACCACUCUCUUCGGUAUGGCUGCUGAAAGCCGUACUCAGUGGCAGCAAGACGCCUCCGACGACGACGACGACAUCAGCCUUGCAUCCUCGUCAUCAUCACCCACUCGCACCUCUGCGCCGGUGGGGUACGCACAAUUCCAGGGCGAGAGCGACGAGGAAGCAGACGAUGAUGAUAGCGAUGACGAGGACUUGAGUGACAGCGGAGACGACGACGAGGGCAGCGAAGAGGAAAGCUCCGAUCUCGAGGAAGACCAAAAGAGGGAAGAUGCCCUACGCAAGAAGAUGGCAUCAGUACCAUUUGGAGCUCUAGUCAAAGCACAGCGCUCUGUGGCCACUGCAUCUGACGAAGACAUUUCCGACAUCGAAGAGGAUGAAUGGGCCACAGAUAGAGCAAAGGCAGCACAGAGGCAGAGCAGCAAGCGAGUCAAGACCAACGAGUCCGUCGCCGAGUCGCACGAGGAGAAGCGGCGGCAAGUAAAAGAGAGACUAGCCGCAAUGAGGACAGCUUCUUCCAGCAGAGGCGAUGCAGCUGGCUCAGCUCGUGGUGAUGACGCAGACGGCGAACGGCAAAGACGAGAGCAUCGCGAGCUGCAGAAGAGGAGCAGCAAGCAUGCACCGGCGGAAAUGUCGUCCAGGAGACCCGUAUCUCGCAAGCGCUCCGUCAUCGAGACCCAAGCCAAGGAAGUGCGAGAUCCUCGCUUCUCCACCCUUUCAGGAAACGAGGUCGAUUCAGAUCUCUUCCGCCGCUCCUAUUCCUUUCUCCCAGACAUGCAACAUCAGGAGAUUUCCAGUCUGAAGCAGGCUCUCAGCAAGCUGCGCAAGGCAGAAACUCACCAGGCAGGGCCAAAGGCAACUUCCGAGGCAGCUCUCAAGAUCAGGGAAGAGCGCGAGAGGGUGGAGCGAGCGCUGAAGCGGGCAGAGGCCAAAGAGGCGGAGAGACAAAGACGUGACAGGGAGAGGGAGGUGAUGAAGACGUUCAAGAAGGACAACGAGGAGCGGGUCAGCCAGGGUGGCAAGAGAUUCUACCUAAAGGACUCGGCCAAGCGAGAGCUGCUGCUACAAGACAAGUUUUCGCGCCUGGCUGGCAAGAAGAGGGAUGGGGCGGAGGCAGCACCCGUUGUGGAAGGUGCAACGUCUUCCUCCAAAGCGCUUCGCAAAGCACUGGACAAGCGCAGGCGCAAGAAUGCUGCAAAGGAACGAAAGACGAUGCCAUUCCUCGAGGCUGGCAGACGAGGCGGUGCGGAAGGAGGUGGUUCUGGUGGGGGACCUCCGAUGCGAAGAAGUUCAGCGGGCAACAACGACUUCGGAGGGAAGAGGAAGAGAUGAGCAAGAGAAGACGAUUCUCCGUGUACUUGUAAACACUUUAUACAUUCAUUGCUUUUGUACGAAUUCCGCAUAGUAUCCACCAUGAGACUUGCGACGCUGCCCACUCAAAAUCAACAUCUAGUCGGUCCU